GUCAAUUCCUCGACGCGAUUCAUGGUCGCCGCGCCAAUCGUCGUCGGUUGAGUCCGUUUAUUUCUCUGCGAUCAAUGGGGAGAUUACGUAAGUACGAAUAGAAGUGGCGUCCUGUCCAAUACCAUCACCAGUGAGCUGAUUUCGUUUUUUUCAAGCUGAACCACCAUCAUGUCUCUCGACUACAGUCACGGCGUCGAAUAUGCCCCAUCCACCGUGUCCGCUGCGACGGCCCUCAAGGCUGAAGAUCUAGAAUACUUAGGCAUAGCCUAUGUUCGUCUAACAUGGAUCGACCUUACCAGCGUUAUCAGAUACAGGGUUAUCCCCAUCGCUUACUUCCUCAAAAUGCUCAAAUCCCGGCGACCCGGCGUCGCCACGGCUAAGGCUGCCUUCGGCCUGGUAUAUCUGAACAUGGCGGACGAGUUUAUACCUAUGGGUGAAUAUCUUUACGUGAUUGACCUUUCUACCUUGAGGCUCUGCCCGUAUGAGGAAGGAACGGCUAGCGUUAUGGGCUGGUUCCAGGAAAAGGCCCCCGUUACCGGUGCAGAUGGUCAACCUACCGUCGAAGUCAGUGUCUGUCCUCGGGGCACCCUGCGCCGUGUCGUUGAACAAGCCAGGAAAGACGCCGCCGUCGAGUUCCUUGUCGGGUUUGAAACCGAAUUUAUCCUCUUGAAGUCGACGAAACCUGUUGAAGCUGUCAACUAUCAUCAUUGGAGUGCCUCUGGUGGCCUUCCCUCUGGAUGUGUCGAGACCAAAGUCCUUCGUGAAAUUUCAGAUUCUCUGAUCAAGGCUGGAGUCGAUGUUACGAUGUACCACCCUGAAGCGGCGCCUGGUCAGUACGAGGUUGUCACUGGACCCUUGCAGCCGUUGGAGGCCGCUGAUGCGCUCGUCUAUACCCGCGAAACUAUCAUCAACGUGGCUGCAAAGCACGGACUCCGAGCUACAUUUGCCCCUCGUGUCUAUAUGAACAGUACGGGCAGUUCUGCCCACGUUCAUGUCUCCGUCCACCCUAUCAAUGGGCCCAAAAAGACCGCUAAUGCGCUUUCCCCCGCCGAGUCUUCCUUCAUUGCCGGAAUUCUGAAGGAAAUGCCCUCCAUGGCUGCUGUCACUCUUCCAACUCCAGCAUCAUACAAGCGCGUCGUUGAUGGCGUUUGGUCUGGAGGAACUUACGUUUGCUGGGGUACAGAAAACCGCGAGGCGCCUAUCAGGUUGACCAACCCCAAAUCGCCAUCUUCGCGCAACUUUGAGCUUCGUUUCCUCGAUGGCACCUGCAAUCCAUACCUCGCUCUGGCUCUUGUUUUGGCGUCUGGAACGACUGCGAUCUUGAGUCAGGAGGCGUUGACCCUAAUAGAUUGCCCUGGACCGCUGACUGCUGCACAAAUGAGUGCGGAAGAGCGCGAGGCACAUGGUAUCACGAAUCGCUUGCCCUUAGAUUGGGACUCUGCUAGGGGAUUAUUUGCAUCUUCGAAGUUGGCAGACAAUGUCUUUGGCAAAGAGCUCAAGGUCAAGUACCUCUCUGUGAACAAGCUGCUUGGACAGAUGUUUAGAACAAGAUAAGGAAGAAUCAGACAGGCUGACGCGCAUGGUAGAAUUCUAUUGAAUAAGUAUAUCACAUUUUGCCCGCGGCCAUGCUGGCCGAUUGUAAUGCUAUUCAUAUUGUGUGCUGAUGAUUAUUGGCUGUGAAGUAAACGCCGAUCCUCCUUUCUGUCGGGAAUGAGAGCAAGCGCCGCUCUUUCGCAGCUACAUGCCGAUAGUCAGCCGCGCUUUUAGCCUCGGGUAAAGGCCAAUUAUUCUGAUGCCGGCAAGCGCAUCAUUGAGGGGGGGUAAACAAUGCUUACUGUUAUUACACUCAUAACCUUUCCCAGGUACCUAAGGGUCGACGCACCUUGCUGUUGGAUACCAACUUAUUGCUCAAUAUGCGUUGCUAAACACUCUUAAUUCCCUUCUUGCAGCCUCCUUUCUCUGGAAUGCCAUCUUUUGAUGGUGCAGA